UGGUGAGACUCAUCCUCUGUUGUUCAGCAGUGUGCAACUCCUCCUCCUCAGCUGUGGUGUUGAUACUAAUACCACAAAGACAAUACCACAUACAGGGUUCUCCCAAGGAUCUUUUUUAACAAGGAGGUGCUACUGAGUACAGCGGGAUGGACAUUUCCUGCAAUCUAAAGAAAAUAAAUACUCCAUUAAGGUGUGGUGCUAGGCCUUAAAUGAUUACAAAUAAUUUUUUUUAAAAUGACAGUGUAGCUACCAGGUGGCGUAGUGGAACUCUUCCAUUCUUUGAGGAGAACCCUGACAGAAAGAUAUCGACUAGUCAUGGCGUCUGUUCGGUUGUCCAGGUCUCAAAGAUUCUUCACGAACUUAUCUCUGAUCCUCCUGGGUGGAUCCAUCUCUCUGCUCCUGUGGGCCGCUCUCAGACACCCGCCGGGCUCUGCCAGGAGUCGUCUCCCCGCUCUGGACCUCUUGCCCCUGGACUACGCUGCCGACCUGCCGGCCUGCACAGCCAUCAUCCAGGGAGACCUGGAGGGUCUGGAGAGGAAGCAGCUCAGCCUCCUGCUGAAGACUAUGAAGAAACAGCAGCUGCUGUCAGAGGCGUUCUACCACAACGUGACUCAGGACUGUCAGAGGUACGUUACAGAAAGAGAGUUCAUCACCGUUCCUCUCAGUCAGGAGGAGGAGGAGUUCCCCAUCGCCUACUCCAUGGUCAUCCACCACAAGAUUGAGAUGUUUGAGCGGCUCCUACGUGCCGUGUACACUCCUCAGAACGUGUACUGCGUCCACAUCGAUCAGAAGUCAUCCGAGGACUUCAGGACGGCAGUGAGGGCUAUCGUGUCCUGUCUGCCUAAUGUGUUUGUGGCCAGUAAGUUAGAGAGUGUGGUAUACGCCUCCUGGUCCAGAGUGCAGGCUGAUCUGAACUGUAUGGAGGAUCUCCUGAAGUCACCUGUCCAGUGGAGGUACCUGAUCAACACCUGUGGAACAGACUUCCCCAUUAAGACCAACGCUGAGAUGGUUCAGGCCCUCAAGCUGCAGAACGGGAGGAACAGCAUGGAGUCAGAGACCACCGACGACUAUAAAAACAGCAGAUGGCAGUUUCACCACAAAAUCACCAGCAACAUGGUGGUCAAGACGAACGUUAGGAAGAGCCCUCCUCCAAUCAGCACCCCCAUGUUCUCUGGCAACGCCUACUUCCUGGUGUCCAGGGCCUUCGUCCGUCACGUGAUGAAGUCUCAGGAGGUCCGGUUGCUGUUGGAGUGGGAGAAGGACACCUACAGUCCUGAUGAACAUCUGUGGGCCACUCUGCAGCGCAUGCCCUCUGUGCCAGGAUCUAACCCUCCCCACAUCAAGUACCAUGAAUCAGACAUGAACGCCAUCGCUCGCAUCGUGAAGUGGCGUUCCCUGGAAGGAGAUGUGAGGAACGGAGCCCCAUACCCACCCUGCUCGGGUGACUACAGGAGGUCCAUUUGUGUCUACGGUGCUGGAGAUCUCCGGUGGCUCCUAAAACAUCACCACCUCAUCGCUAACAAGUUUGACCCUGAGGUGGAUGAUGUGGCUAUCAGGUGUCUGGAGUCGUACCUGCGCUUCAAAGCUGCAUACCGUGUUUCACGAAGGACAGUGGAAUCUGACAGGAUCUUACAAAAACUAUGAAAUGUUAAGUUGUAAAUACGUUAAUGUGCAUUUAUUUAAAAUAUGUUUUGAAAUGUUGUAUAUUUCUGAUGGUGCUGUAAAGAGGGUUGUAAAUACAGUAAUGUAGGUUUUAUUUCAAAUAUACACUGAGUGUUUAAAACAUUAGGAACACCUCCCUAAUAUUGAGUUGCACCACCCCUUUUGUCCUCAGAACAGCCUCAAUGUAUUGGGGCAUGCACUCUGCAAGGUGUGGAAAGCCUUCCACAGGGAUUCUGGCCCAUGUUGACUCCAAUGCUUCCCACAGUUGUGUCAGGUUGGCUGGAUGUCCUUUGGGUGGUGGACCAUUCUUGAUACACACAGGAAA